UGUAACACAUUAGUCAAAACCCUCCCCUAAGUUUGCGUACCAAACCCUCACACCAUAACCACAAAUUUUUGCAGUAAUUCGACACUCCGCAGCGCUGGUGAGAAAAAAAAGCACCAAAAAGGGAUUCUAAAGAGACAAACACGCUUGUUGGUUGUCAAUUUUUCCGUCACUUCGACUUCGUCACGAUUCGCGUCUUUGCUGAUUUUCGACGACUGCCGCCUUCCGGAUUUUCGAUUGCGCGUGCUCUAUACCAAGUUCCUAGCUGCAAAUCGAACUAUAUAGCGAGCUCAACACUCUUCUUUUCUCGAUCUUACGCCGCUAAAAAGAAGAAAUCAAAAAUGCCUCCUAAGAAAGCUGUCAAGGAAGAGAAGAUCCUUUUGGGACGCCCGGGAAACAACCUCAAGAGUGGUAUUGUCGGUCUGGCUAACGUCGGAAAGUCAACCUUCUUCCAGGCCCUCACAAAAUCCAACCUCGGAAACCCGGCCAACUACCCCUAUGCCACCAUUGAGCCCGAAGAAGCCCGCGUCAUCGUUCCAUCGCCCCGCUUCGAAUGGCUCUGCGAGCAGUACAAGCCCGCCUCCAAGGUCCCUGCUAACAUCACUGUCUUUGACAUUGCUGGUUUGACCAAGGGUGCCUCUACCGGAGAGGGUCUCGGAAACGCUUUCUUGUCACACAUCCGUGCUGUCGAUGCGAUCUACCAGGUUGUCCGAUGCUUCGAUGAUGCCGAGAUUAUCCACGUCGAGGGUGAUGUCAACCCCGUGCGUGACUUGGAGAUCAUCCUUGAUGAGUUGAGACUCAAGGAUAUCGAGUUCGCAAAGAAGUUCCUCGAGGGUGUCGAGAAGCUUGCCAAGCGUGGUGGCCAGUCGCUUGAGGUCAAGGCUGCCAAGGAGGAAGUCGCUAUCGUCGAGAAAAUCAUCGCCUGGUUAGAAGACGGAAAGCGUGUGGCCAAGGGCAGCUGGGGAACCAAGGAAGUCGAGGUCAUCAACCAGAUGUUCUUGCUCACUGCCAAGCCCUGCAUUUACCUCGUCAACCUGUCGGAGCGUGACUUCAUCCGGAAAAAGAACAAGCACUUGCUCGCCAUCAAGGAGUGGAUCGAUGAGAACUCGCCGGGCGACGUUAUCAUCCCUCUCAGUGUCUCGUUUGAGGAGCGUCUGACUGAGUUCGAGACCGAGGAAGAGGUCGAGGAGGAGUGCAAGAAGGUCGGCGCUGUCAGCAUCUUGCCCAAGAUCAUCACUACCAUGCGUAGCGCUUUGAACCUCAUCUCUUUCUUCACCAGCGGACCCGAUGAGGUCCGUGAGUGGACUAUCAGAAAGGGUACCAAGGCUCCCCAGGCUGCUGGUGUUAUCCACACAGAUCUCAUGAACACUUUCAUUCUCGCUCAAGUGACCAAGUUCGAGGACUUGAAGGAGCUCGGCGACGAAACGGCCGUCAAGGCCAAGGGCAAGCUCUUGCAGAAGGGCAAGGAAUACGUGGUUGAGGAUGGCGACAUCAUUUACUUUAGAGCUGGUGCGGGCAAGAACUAAGCUUCUCUAAAUCCAAACUUGAACGUAAAGAUCGUCAGACUUUCAAUACAAUACAUAUAACUACACAAUUCUGUCGCAGAAUUGGUGCGUCUGGUCGUAGUUAGUUCCUACGCUUUUACAAUUGUACUUCAUUUCACCCGACUGCAUACAGUAGCCAGACACGCUGUAACUGGAAGAGUUUGCAGCCGGUUGUACGUAGCACGCAAUUCUUCAUUAAAUGAUCAAUCGUAUUUUCAUUAUGGUAUCUACUGCUAAACAGUGCACUU